CAUUGGGUCGAUUUGUGACGAUAGACUCAUUCGGGUGACGAGUUCUGUGCACGGCAUGUUCAUCUUCCUUGGACCCGUGCGGUUGGUAUGAAGGCUGUCGUUACUCGUCUAGUUUGGCUAUUCGUUUACGGCACCAUGCUGCAUCGGAUAGGGCACGUGACGGGCAGGCGUGGUGGGAUGGCAACCUUCGUACACGGUCCAAGACGAGCUAAUCUCCGUUGUCGACCACACCACCCGUCACGGCUGCUUUGGGAUGAUACCGAGUUCCGUCGACCGUUCGGUCGCUUGUGGUCGUCCACGAGGAUUCAUCGGAGCGACGACGACGACGCGACUCGUACCGAACAACCCACCGACAAUACCAACAACAACGAGAACGACACUACCGUCGUGAUAUACGAGGAACUGGUGCGAUUGGCAUCGGACCUGCGUCGUCACGACGCACUGUAUUACGAAUCGGAAAUGGCGCGGAACUCUGUCGGACGUAUCCCUCCUUGCUCCAACGACUCGAACGUGAGAGUGGCUUGGGCGUACAAGCCACGCGGUACGGAGGACGCGUCGGAAACGUUCUUUUGCCGACCACGACGACCGACCCCCAAUGACGCGACCCGUAUCGUCGUGGAUCGGGUCAAACGUCCACACGUCCGGCCCAUGCUGUCGUUGGAUAACGUGCAUCGAGAGGAAGAAUUGCUGGCCUGGCUCGAACGCAUUCGCAAGAAACUCACGGUAGAUGAUGGACCGUCCUCUCUCACCAUUCUUACGGAACCCAAACUGGACGGACUUUCCUUGUCGUGUCGUUACGAACAACGUCAGUCCAACACAACACUGUACACUUUUGUUUGGGCUUCCACACGGGGAGACGGGAAACAGGGACAGGAUGUGACACACGCGGUCCAACAAGGUAACCUGGUACCCUUGACACUCGAUUGGGCCUCGUUGGUUGCCGAUCCGGAAAGUUACACCCAUCCCAAGGUACUGGAAAUUCGUGGCGAGAUUGUACUCCCCACGACCGUCUUUCAAUCCUUGGAAGGCGAAGGGUUGGCCUUUGCGAACGCCCGCAACGCGGCCAGUGGAAUCUUGCUGCGCAAGGAAAGUAUCACGGAUCCGGUGGCAUCCCAGGCAUUGCGGGAAAAACUUUGUUUCUACGCGUACGAUGUGGCCGGGGAUGACGGAUUCACCGUGAGUGGCGUACAACUUCGCCGUGUUCUCCCAACGCUCGGGUUUCGUGUACCAGAGCCGGUCGCCGUCACCCGAUUGCGCCUCAACAACACUACCGCAUGGAACGUCAACGACAUUCAGGCUCUUUUAAAAUACCACCACUCCAUGCAACAUCAUCGCCAAGGAAAGAAGACGUCACAAACGUACGGAGACUACGAUAUGGAUGGUGCGGUACACAAAGUUUCCGAAAGCGAUUUACGGAUAAUACUGGGACAAUCCAAUCGCGCACCACGUUGGGCAAUAGCCCACAAGUUUGCUCCAUUGGCCGCUGUUACGACCUUGUUGGAUAUUACGGUGCAAGUGGGUCGGACCGGAGCUUUGACCCCGGUGGCCAUUUUGCAGCCCGUGGAAUUGGCUGGAGUCGUGGUGAGACGCGCCACCCUACACAACUUUGCGCAUAUGCAGCAGGUAUUGGGAUCCACUACCACAAUUGCCAAGGAAAGCUCCGUCUUGGUACGGCGUGCCGGUGAUGUAAUUCCUCAAGUGGUACAGCGAAUCGCCGGCACUGAUGCCGGUUCCAAUAAUGGAUUCGACACAAUUUCGGUGGCCUUUCCCGAAACGUGCCCAGCGUGUGGUUCGCCUGUUGUUACAGACGAAGUCAAUAAAACAGCAUCGAAAGAGACUGCGGGACAGGUUUUGCGUUGCGGCGGCCCGCAAUGGAACUGCACCCCUCGAGCGGUUGGUUCAAUUGCGCACGCAGUUUCUCGUGACGCUCUAGACGUGACGGGGCUUUCCGAGGCGAGGAUAAUGCAACUCAUCGAGGCAGGAUUUAUUUCCAGGCCCAGCGAUAUCUUUGCUUUGGCCAAGAGUCCGACUCAACUAGAAAAGUUAGCAGAAAUGGAUGGCUGGGGACCGAAAUCGGCACAAAAUCUUGCGGCGGUGGCUAAUCGUAUUGCAAAGAAUGGGAUCUCACUUUCCCGAUUCGUAUACUCGCUAGGAAUUCGGUUUUCUGGCGUACACUCUUCAGCCCUUAUUGCGGCAGCUUACGGUUCGGUGGAAGACUUUUUGAAGGAUGUCGAGGCGGCUUCGACUUUACCGAUAAAGCAGGUGCAAGACCAGGAAAGCAACGAUGAACAGGUGCAAUCUUUCGCACGUCUCAGGGAAGAAACUGAUAUCACCAAAGGCAUCGGACCCGUUUUGCUAAACUCGCUCGAUACUUUUGCUCAGGAUCAGGAGCUUGUCGAGGCUGCGGAAUCGCUUGCCUCAAGUAUUCUGGUGCUGGCCGACGAUUCGGCUAUGGUAGUGUCCACGCUUGCUACAACUGGCCCACUACAAGACAUGGCUGUUGUUUUUACUGGCUCGAUAUCGGAAAUGUCAAGGAGCGAAGCCAAGAAAUGGGCCAAGGUGAUGGGGGCCAAGUCCACACCGGGCUCAAUCAGCAAGUUGACUGGUUUAGUAGUGGCAGGAGAGAAAGGAGGAAAGAAGCUGGAGCAAGCAGAAAAGCUCGGUAGUUUCUUCAAAUGGUAA